AUGCCUGGAAACCGAGACACUAUCAUCCAGCUCCUCGAGCGUCUCAAAGAGGAGAAGCACCCUGGUGCCCAGACCCUGAAGGACUACAUCAACGAGACCUCCAACCUCAAGGACGUCAUGAUGGCGGUUGUUAAGGACAUCGUCGCCGCGAAGAAUGAUCUCGGUCUCACCGGUGGCCGUGCUGCCGGACUCAACGCUUGCCGCGAGGAACUCUGCUACGCCUUCGACAAGCACUGCUGCACCACCGAGGAUGGCUACGACCGUCUCUACCACCCUCGAUUCACCUGCCGCAUCCAGACCUUCAAGGUUCUUGCUGCCGAGGAACAGGUCGAGGUCGUUCUCCGAAUCCCGCUUCACGAGUACAACGACUCCCCCCAUGUCCUCGAGCCUGGCAAGUGCGAGGUCUCCCUCAUCGUGAAGGAGAACUAG